GUCAAUGGGAUUUCCCAGGCAAGAAUACUGGAAUGGGUUGCCAUUUCCUUCUUAGGGGAUCUUUCUGACCCAGGGAUUGAACCUGUGUCUCCUGCAUUGGCAGGCAGAUUCUUUACUGCUGAGCCACCAGGGAUGCCCCCUGUUACCAGAUACUUACCCUUAAAAUUGAAAAUACUGGUUUCACAAGGACAGUGUAUUAUUUAUUUAAACCAAUAGCCUUUAUAUACAGCUUCUGAGGUACAGGGGACCAGAACUUUAUUCUAUUGGGAAAAACAGCAAAUUUCCCAGUUUUGAAAGUUACUUAGGGGUCCUGGAGCAGAUGAGCUCAGAAUAUUUAGGCGAAAACACGAGGAGGGGGUGGGAUCGCGGGGCAGGAGGAGUAUCUCCGCCAAGAAAAUUAUGCAUGCGUUAGGGAAGCUCUGAGAGAAUGGCUGUGGAAGCUCUCCGCUGUGGUUUGAAUCCACGGGGAAUUGAUCACCCUGCCCAUGGUGAAGGUAUUAAACUACAAAUUGAAGGCAAAGGUGUUGAGUCUCAAUCCAUUAAAAAUAAAACUUUCCAGAAGGUGCUUGACCAAAAAGGAACCCCCAAGCGACUGCAGACGGAAGCCGAGACAACUAAGUCGGCUACGGUGAAGCUGCCAAAACCAGUGGCUCUGUGGACCCAGCAGGAUGUCUGCAAGUGGCUGAAGAAACAUUGUCCGAAUCAGUAUCAGAUCUACAGUGAGUCAUUCAAACAGCGUGACAUAACUGGGCGAGCCCUGCCUAGACUUACAGACAAACAGCUUGAGCGAGUGGGGAUCGCCCAGGAGAACCUCCGGCAGCUCAUCUUGCAACAGGUGCUCCAGCUGAAGGUGCGUGAAGAAGUCAGAAACCUACAGUUACUCACGCAAGCCUCAGCUGAGGGUUCUCCAUAAAUGCAGUUAGCCUUCCAAGCUGCUGUCCUGCCAGUCGAUACAAACAUGGCCUGUUCCUCACAGAAAGACUAACUGCAUUGACAGAUUAACCAGAUUAACUGGAAAACCACCCAUUCAGUCAAGAUUACCGGCUUUGGAAAAUCUUAGUUUGCUCUGGAUUUUUAAAUGAGGUGCAUGAUAUACAGUGCCAACUUGUUCCAAGUGGUCAUUGGCAGACCAUUAGCUGGAAAAUUGCUUCCAGUUUUCAUCACUGUGCAUAACUGAGGCUCCCUUUGGGGAGCUGUCUGUGCCCUUCACUACAGGUCCUGUUUAGCAUGUUAGCUACUGGAUUAUUUUAUUACGUGUGCAGAUGGCAUGAUGUGUUAGAAAAAAAAAUUACAGCAGUCCUGCAAUCUCAGUGUAAGUGUUCACAAUAUUAUGCCCUGGUAGGAGUAUAAACAUGUCUUGAUUGUGUUAAAAAAAAAGUUACUUAGAUCUCCUGUUCAUUAGCUUGCUUCUAUCUGAUUAUGAGUUUUAACUUCUUUGAAUUUUAUUUUUCCCUUUCUUUCUUUCCAGUUUUAUUGAUAUGUAAUUGGCAUAGAGCACUGUAUAAAUUUAAGGUGUACAGUAUAAUGAUUCAACUCACAUAAAUAAUGAAAUCGUUAUCACAAUAAGUUUAAUUAAUGGGAAUUCCCUGGCAGUCCAGUGGUUAGGACUUGAUGCUCUAGUCAUGGGCCCAGGUUUGAUCCUUGAUUGGGAAACUAGGAUUCCAUAUGUUGUGUGGUGAGGUCAAAAUAAUAUUACAUUAGUGCAAAUGUAAUUGUGGUUUUUUGCAUUGUUGAAAUUUGCCGUUUGAUGUUGGGAUACAUUCCUAAUGUGAUUAUGUUAUACAUAAUUUUAAUGUGCAUUUCUCACUUUAUUUUUUGAUAAUGACUUAUUACUUGCUGUUUAUUUUAUAUUUACAUUAGACUAUGGAAAUAAUGUUAGGCAAAAAGCAAAUUUGAGCUAUUUUCUUAUUUGAGUUCAAAACGGGUUGCAAAGCAGCAGAGACAGCUCGCAACAUGAGUAACGCACUUGACCCAGGAACUGCUAACAAAUGUACAGUGCAGCAGUGGUUUUGCAAAGUUUUGCAAAGGAGAUGAGAGCCUUGAAGAUGAGCGUAGCAGCCAGCCAUCAGAAGUUGACAACUACCGAUUGGAAGGAUCAUCGAAGCUGAUCCUCUUACAACUACCCGAGAAGUUGCUAAAGAACUCAAUGUCAGCCACGCUGUGGUCGUUCAGCAUUGAAGCAAAUUAGAAAGGUAAAAAGGCCUAAUUAAUAAGAGGGUGCCUCAUGAGCUGACUUAAAAUUUAAAAAAAAUCAUCAUUUUGAAGUGUUGUCUUAUUCUUCACAACAACAACCAUUUCUGGAUUGGACUGUGACAUGUGACUAAAAGUGGAUUUUAUAUGACAGCCAGUGACAAACAACCAGCUCAGUGGUUGGAUCAAGAAACAGCUCUAAAGCACUUCCCAAAGCCAAAUUUGUACCAAAAAAAGGUCCUGGUCACUGUUCAGUGGUCUACUGCUGGUCAGAUCCACUACAGCUUUCUGAAUCCCAGCAAAAUCAUUACAUCUGAGAAGUAUGCUCAGCAAAUCGGUGAGAUGCACUGAAAUCUGCAUUUUGCAGGGACAACUUUUUGCAGGGAAAAUGCUUCCAUAGCCAGCAGAAUGCAGAAAAUGCCUUCCAAGAGUUUGUUGAAUCCUGUAGCAUGGAUUUUUACAUUACAGGAAGAAGCAAACAUUUUUCAUUGGCAAAAAUGUGUUGAUUGUAGUGGUUCUUAUUUUGAUUAAUAAAGGUAUGUUUGAGCCUAA